AUGCUUUACUCUUUAAAAGCACUAUGUAAAUAUUUACAGGACUCAUCUCCAUUAGCUGGAGGUGUUCUGGGUCAAAGAGCAAAUGAAUUUGAUGGUAUAACAUCAACUCCAACAACCAAUCGUGAAAAUCAUAUUAAUAAUAAUCAUGUUAUGAAAAAUAUCAUUGAAACAAAAAAACUUCAACAUGCUAUUCAAUUACUGAAAAUUGAAUUAAAUCAACGUGAUCUUUUAAUACAAAAUCAAAAAAUACAUUAUGAAGAAAAAUGUGAAGAGUUACAAGAAAAAUUAGCUGAUAUGAUAUAUCAAAAGCAAUUAUUACAAACAAAACUUGAUUCACAACUUCAAAUUGAUCGUGAAUUAACAUUACGUUCACAAGAUGAAGUACGUCAACAAUUAUCACAAAUUAUGGAACGACAACGUCAAUUAGAAGAUGUUAAUAAACGUUUAAUAGCAAAAUCUAAUGAAAUUCGACAUAAUUUACAUAAUAAAAUUUUACCUACUGAUGAAGAAUAUAGAAUUUUAAAAUCAACAAAUAUUAAUUCUGAACAAAUGUCACUUAAAGAUUUUAUCAUGAUAAAAUUCUAUGAAACAGUACGACCAUUAGAAACUGAAAUUGACAAUUUAAGAAGAACACAACAUAUGUUAGAUAGUCAAUUAACAGCAAAUGGACAAGAUCUUAUUCAAACACAAAAAACCUUAGAUGAAGAACGCCGUUCGAAUCAUGCUGUUCAUAUGCAAUUACAAAAAAUAACAUCAGAUUUAAACGAAUAUAAAAAUUUAUGUGAACAAUUCGAUUUUAAAAAACAAAAUUAUGAUCGAAUUAAAUCAGAACGUGAUCAAUAUGAACGUCGUGUUGUUGAACUUGAUCGACAAAUAACACAAGAUGAAUUACAAAUACAAACACAUACAAAAGAAAAAGAAAAUUUACUUCUUCAAUUAGCUGAAUUACGUCAAGAAGUUAUUGUACUUCGACAAGAUAAAGAAUAUUUAACACGACAAUAUAAUGAUAUUCAACAAAAAUACUAUUCAGCUGAAGAAAAAAUAUCGAUACUUGAAGCAUCACUUGAUGAAACUAAACGAGCCAAAGAAGUUCUUUAUGAAAAACACAUUUCAACUAGAGAUGCCUAUAAAACUGAAUAUGAAAAUAAAUUAGCUAUUGAAUUAGACCAACUUCGUUCAAAAACUACACUUGAAAUUGAUAAAUUACGUGAAAGUAUCAAGGAAAUGUAUGAAAGAGAAAAUCGAACAUUUCAACAUGGACGUGAUGAAGCUAUAACUGAACGUGAUAGACACAUUCAACUUGAACGAGAUUUACAACGAAAAUAUGAUGAAUUAUUAAAUGAAUAUCGUCAAUAUCAAAGUACAACUGAAGUUCGCUUAGGUGAAUUACAAUCAGAAUUAAAAUUAAAAACAUUUGAAUUUGAUCGUCUUCAAUUAUUAUAUGAAGAAAAUUUAAAAUCAUUAAAAACAACACAAAUUGAAAUUGAAAAAUUACAAAAGAAAAACGAUUUAAUUCAAAAAGAAUAUUUUAAUUUACAAGUUCAAUCUGAUCGUCGUCUAAUGGAAAUUGAUACUGAAUUAAAUGAAAAAAGAACAAAAUUACAAGUUUAUGAAAAAGUUGAACAAGAAUUAGAUGAAGUUGUAAUGCAAGCUGCACAAGCAAGUAGUUCAAAUACGAGUAAUGGUUUUAAUAGUCCAUGGAGUUUUCUACCUAAUGCAUUCUGCAUUGAAAAUGAUGCUGAUGCCGAUAAAAUUUUAUUUUCUUAUGGUUAUGGUGCAUCAUUACCAACAUCAGCAAAACGACGUCUCCAACAUUCCGUUCAUUUAGCUAAACGUGUUAUUCAACUUGAACAAGCGAAUACAUCAUUACGUUUAGAAUUAGAUCGAGAACGAAAGAAAAAAACCGAUAUUCAACAACAGCUUGAUAAUGCUAAUAAAAUAUUAGAUCAAGCUCAACAACCAUAUGAUUUUCUUAUUGCAACUGUACGUAAUAAAGAUGCACAAUUAAAAACAAUUCACGAUACUAUUGAACAACUUGAAAAACAACUUAGAGAAUGUGAAAAUGAACGACAAUCAUUAAUUAAAACAAAUAAUCAAUUAACAAAAGAUAUUGAAAAAUUACUUGAAUAUCAAGAGCCAUUGAAAGUAAUGAAAAAUGUUAUUAUGAAUUUACAACAUAAAGAUCCACAUAAACCAACUCGUCGUUCACCAUCUCCACCGUUGAAUACUAAAUAUCGUUCACUUACACCACCAACUCAUCAAUCAAGACGAACAGUUGGUUUUGUUGAACAACUUGAUCAACAUCAUAAUCCACCACCAAUGGUUUUUACCUCAACAAGUAAUGCAAAAAGUCCUUCAACAAAAGUUAUUCGAGGACCACCAGUAUCUCAACAAGGAAAAUAUCGAAAAAUAUAUAAAGUGACGAAUAAUUAA